UUAGAUUUUUAUUGUUUAUAGUGAACGUUAAUGAUCGUCCAUUUUUUUUAAAAGGCGCAAACGAUAUGUGCCUCGUUCGGGAAUGUUAGGCUUCAGUAUGUUUGCAGCUGUUCUUGUGUUUGCAUUAGUGAGUGAUCUUCCGCUGAUCGGGUGUAUAUACCUCGAUCCGGAUGUGGCCAUCGGUGGAGAUGCGCCAGAAUAUCGGUACCCGUUCAUGGUGCAGUUGCAACAGUUUAUGGUCGUUAGCUACGUACAUCACUGCGGUGGAUCGUUACUAACGGCGAGCUACAUCCUUACGGCAGCACACUGUACCACCGAGGUUUUAAAGCUGCAAGCCCAAGCUGGCACAGUGUGGAGUAAUUCAAAGGUUGAAGGACAACGAAGAAACGUCAUACGUAUGUUGGGCCACAGUCGCUACAUUCAGGAUGGUACUACCGGACCGUACGAUAUUGGGCUAGCCUUGGUAGAGGAACCAUUCCUAGUAGAUGGUGUUAAUGUCGGCAUCAUUCCACUACUGCCAGAUUAUUACGUACAUCCUUCAGAGACGGAUGUGAUGGGUUUUGGAAAGAUCGAUCUCGAUGAUACACUGCCCGAUCGGUUGCGAGUUGUUCGCUGCAGCCUUCAUCCUUCGAACGACUGCGAGAAUGAUGCACGGACGGAUGCGUUCUGUGUAGGAAGUGCGGGCGCGACCGCCUGUCAGGGUGAUUCCGGUGGUCCCGUAGUGGGAACGAUCGACGGUGUUGAUUGGUUGGUUGGUUUGGUUUCUCAUGGCAAGCAGGAAUGUGGGUCGGGACCAAUCAUUUGUACGGAUGUAAAGUUUUAUGAGGAUUGGAUAAAGGAAGCAGUACACAAUUUAACGUUCGAUACUGAUGAGGCAGUUAGUACGAAUUGAAACCAUUUUGUUUGUUUAAAAAGAUAAUUUAAAAUAUAACUUUAUUGUAACAUUUAAACAUUUAACUUAAAACAACACAAAAUUACAUAACACAAAA